AAAAAAAGAGAGAAAAAUAAUGAAAAUCAAACAACGGCUUAAUGCAUGCACUAAUGGCUUUUCCCAGCACACAUGUUGAAAUUUUUUCCUUGGAAGUCGAGAAAAUGUGGAGAAAGUCCUUCCAGGGAGGUCGGAUUUUUCGAAGUUGGACAGAAUGGUUUAACUAAAAAAACCAGGACUUAGAACAAAAUGAAGUUCAUAAUGAUUAAAACCAGGACUUAAGACGUCAAUUUAGAACAAAAUGAAGUUCAUAAUGAUUAACAAGAAUUUUUGCUUUAAGUUAUGUGACUAACAAUGUUUUUAACUAGCUCAAUAUUUGUGAGAAGGAAUAACGCGUCGAAAUUUCUGUCCAAGAGGUCAAGAUAAUGUGUUCAAAGUUGAAUACAAGAUGAUAGAGACACAAUUAUAUUAAAUUAUGAGAGUAUUUCUAAUGGCAGCUUAAAAGCUCCAAUCCAAAACCAGGAUUUUUGCAUCCUUACUGCUGUUUCAAGAUGAAAAUUAUGCUCACUCUGCAGUUUUUCUUCGUCUUCAUAACCUCAGUUUUCUUAAUAACAUAUAUUGCUCCAGUCUGCAGCCAAAGCAAAUGUCUGGAGGAUCAGAAAAUUUUGUUACUCAAUUUGAAGGUCGAAUUCAUAUUUGAUCCAUUGGCCUCAAGAAAGUUGGUCAUGUGGAAAGAGAACGAGGACUGUUGCAGUUGGGAAGGGGUAGGAUGUGAUGAUGCAGGUCAUGUGAUAAGCUUGGAGCUGGAUAAUGAAUCGAUUUUUGCUGGUUUGGAGAACUCAACUAGUCUUUUUAGUCUUCACUAUCUUGAGAAGCUGAACCUGGCAUUCAACUGUUUCAACAAUAUUCAGAUUCCAAGGAGUCUUUCCAAUCUAAAAAAAUUGACACACCCAAAUCUAUCACAAGCAUGUUUUGCUGGACAAGUUCCGGUCGAACUUUCAACAAUGAAGAGUAUUACAAACUGAAUCCAAGAAAACAUAGAUGAAAUCAUAAAUUCGCAGAUUACACCAUGAACCCUAAAUCACAACAUCAAGGCUUAGAUCUUUCACUCGAAGGCUCAGACCACAUCCAUUUACCAUCACAGAGGCACCGGGACUCAAAAACGAACCCUCACAACCCAACACACCAAGGUCACUUCACUGGACUCAAGAAAUCAAACUGCCUACCUUCGGUCGAUCACUCACACAAAGGAGAAUCACACAAGAACACGAUUAUCACAAAGAUAAUCAACCAGAAAUCUCACAAAGAGAAGAAGGAAGGGUCACACAGACAAAGGAACUCGAAGGUUUCAAACUGCAGAGAGAAAGAGAAAAACAGAAAGUGACGAUCCAAGAGCCAAACAGGGAGUAAGGAGGAUAUUUAUAGUAAAUAUCAUCAACCGUUGAUCAGUGGGUCAAUCCAACGGUCCAAGAGCGACUAAUGGUGUGUGGGCUGGAUAUUGGGCUCGGUUAAGUGGGCCUUCUAGGUAUAUAUUUAAUGGACCAAGUAAUAAAUCCAAUUUGGGCCUUUUCAUCAUUGCCUAACAGUUGGACUGGAUCAAAUGGCAUCACAGCCCAACAAAGAGGU